CACUGCGCCAAUGAAUGGUGACCUGAAAAGACACUGUCACCACCACCGCCCUCUACACAUGCGUCGUUGAGUAACCGCAAAGUCUGUGGCUUAUUUAUCGAGAUGACACCAUUGUUCAUGAAAUGCAGCAGACGCGUCCGCGGGGAAGAAAUGUUGUCAUAUUCGGCGAAACCGGCCCAGGGAAAAGUUCAGUCAUCAAUACAAUCGCGCAAAAAGACCCCGCUAAGACAUCCAAUGAUGUACUGGGAUGCACUUCUAUCUCUGAACGCCACGCAGUAGAAAUUUCUGGUCAGAGUUUCGUCCUGUUUGAUAUCGCGGGUGCCAGCGGCGAGGGCAGAAAAACAGUUCAAGAGCUCGUUGACCAAGCUUGCGUCACAGCGCUUCGGUAAUAUCCAGGCAUCCCAGAGUUCAGAAAAACUCUAUGCGACCUUGUUGUCAACAAUUGCUCGGAUUGGGCGCCGACGACGGCUGGCUCCCGCGUACUGCAGGAACGCAGUGCUCGUCGUCGCCGCGGUCAAAGGGCUGAAUGACAAUACAUGUGCUCACCAUUGGGUCGAGCGAUAUAUUAUGUACGACUGCUGAAGACUUCGGAGUUGAUUCUGUGAAGUAACAGGUGGGACAGGACUUUCAGGAUUUUUGUUAUCUUUCUGUCAAAUUUGCACUUGGUUCAUUAACUUUAUCAUUGUAUCCUUCCAUGUUCAUUCUCCCGUGCACUAUUAGCCUCGGACGAAUUCUUUCCUCUUCUUCUGCCAAUGUGUCAUUAAUAUUGCUGCAGCCUUCCAUCACGCGUGUGGAGGAG